AUAAAUUCAUAAUAAAUAAUCGUUUGAUUGUUGAACGGUAGUUAUUAUCACUAUUUUAUGUUUCAAUUUUUAUUCUGUGUUGUGUAUAAUUAUCUGUUUUGUUAACAAGUGCUGGAUUAUCAAUUAACAAAACUUGUCCUGUUUGUCCUUUGCUUGUUUAAUAAGGAAAGCUUACAAAAAAACAACAGUCAUUAAGGAUUCAUAUAAUUUUGAGUUUUGUUGGUCGUUAAUCGACGAAUUAGUACUUUACUACAUCUAAUUGUGAAAUAGUGUCUUGACGCUGAGAAAUGUUUCCAGUUAAAGUUGGAAUAAUUGGGGGCUCAGGUCUUGACAAUCCUGACAUUUUUAAAAGCCGGAGCGAAAAGAGAGUCACUACAAUUUUCGGAGAUCCUUCGGAUAUUUUGAUAGAAGGUACAUUGGGAGACGUACCGUGUGUUUUAUUAGCCCGUCACGGUAGAAAGCACAAUAUAAAUCCUACUAAUGUAAAUUACCGGGCUAAUAUUUGGGCUUUAAAAGAAAUUGGAUGUACCCAUGUAAUAGUAUCGGCCGCUGUUGGAUCACUUCUCGAGGACUUCAGACCAGGCGAAUUUGUCAUUCUCAAUAAUUUUAUAGAUAGGACUACGAAAAGAUUUUCGACUUUUUAUGACGGACAAUCGAAAUCACCAAAAGGAGUAACUCACAUCCCAAUGGAGCCUGCCUUUUGUGAACGCACUCGACAAAUAGUUAUUGACGCUGGGCAAUCAUUAGGUUUGAAUGUUCACGAUGAAGGCACAAUAGUGGUGAUAGAGGGUCCACGUUUUUCCACCAAAGCUGAAAGCUUGAUGUAUAGACAGUGGGGCGGUCACGUUGUAGGAAUGACUACAGUUCCCGAAGUUAUUUUGGCCAAAGAAGCUGGGCUUUGCUAUUCUGCAAUCGCACUCAUUACCGAUUAUGAUUGCUGGAAAGCGGACUUUUCCGCGGUAAAUGUUGAAAAAGUCGAAGAGACAUUUAAAGAAAACGUUAAAAAAGUAACCGAUUUAAUAAUUGAAGUAGUCACAAGAAUAGGUAAAGAUAAUUGGGACGAUACCAUAAAAGAAAAACGAGAUACAGUGACGAAGGCAAAUAUGAUGAGAGAAUAAUUAAUAACGUCUACAACACCUGCUUAUCUUAUUUAAAUUUAAUUGAAACGAUACGAAUCAGUUUAUCAUCGCGUUUCUUUCUUAUAAUAUGUACUGUACUGUUUAUUUUAUUACUAUUUUUUUUUUGCAUAUAAGAUAAGCAAUAAUUUACAGACGCGCAUCGCUAGAAAUAAUGAAUGUUAUUUUUAAAAAGGAAAAGGAAUAAAAUUUACCGAAACAAA